GAUCUAGGGUAGCAUAGACAGAGCUAUCAGUGUAUGUGGAGCUAGCUAGCUACAUAAUAGUAGGUGUAACUGUGAAGAUCAUUUUAUUACAAGACGAGGAGGCUCACAUUAAGCUUAGAUCUUUCUUUACUACUUCAAGCAGCAAACAAAUGGUUAAUAUUUAGUUACUAAGAAAAAUAUGCUAAUUAGGUUGGGCCAGUAGACAAUCAGUGGAUAGUCCAGUAACAUGAAGACUAAGACUAGUCCAAUAACUUCCUCUUUCUUUGCUGCUUCACUAUAAGGGCCGACACUGGAAGAUACACUCACCGGCAGCUGCCAUCAGCAAAGACUACAAAAUUCAUAUAAAGUGCCAAUGGGAUUCAGUUACAUUUCUACAUAACCCAGAGGAUGGAAAGAAAACCAGCUUGCACGGAGAGCCCAUCCUUGGGUUCCGAAAAAGAGCCCCUGACGUGCAGAUCUCGGUCAGAGUGCAAAAAAGAUGGCCAACUUCUACGGAACUGCAAGCCAUCACUACGUCUUUCUGAAGAUCUUAAUAAGGUGCACCCCAGUCCAGGGGAAAGGGCUGAGUCUGAGCAUUUGUCUAAUAAAUACUUAGCAGUUCAGAGCCCUGAUGCCCCAUGCAAUGGAACCAGAAAUGGAAUAGAAGAUGGUUCAGCCCCUACACUUACUGUGAUUCCCUCCUGCAGAGCAGAGGUGCAGCAUCUGCAGACGGAUUUAGGCGAGAGAGAGACUUGGAGCAAAAAAAUUGACUUUCUCCUAUCAGUUAUUGGUUAUGCAGUGGACUUGGGCAAUGUAUGGAGAUUUCCUUACAUCUGUUACCAGAAUGGAGGAGGAGCAUUUCUCAUCCCGUAUGUCAUCAUGGCUGUGUUUGGUGGAAUUCCUCUCUUCUACAUGGAAUUGGCCUUGGGUCAGUAUCACCGAAAUGGCUGCAUUUCUGUAUGGAGGAAAGUAUGUCCCUUAUUUAAAGGAAUUGGUUAUGCUAUCUGUAUAAUAGCACUUUAUGUAGCAUCUUAUUAUAACACCAUAAUGGCCUGGGCUCUCUACUACCUCAUAUUCUCAUUCCGGUCUGAGUUGCCUUGGACCAGCUGCCGCAACGAGUGGAACACAGAGAACUGCACCAACUAUUUUCAGAAUAGUAGCGUGACAUGGAUCAACAGUUCUAUUUCACCAGCAGAGGAGUUUUACACUCGACUUGUACUGCAGAUACACAAAUCAAAAGGUCUACAGGAUCUUGGAGGAGUCAGCUGGCAGCUUUGUCUUUGCCUACUCCUUAUCUUCACUAUUGUGUACUUCAGCAUUUGGAAAGGGGUCAAAACUUCUGGAAAGGUAGUGUGGGUUACUGCAACAUUUCCAUACAUUGUGCUUACAUUACUAUUAAUACGAGGAGCAACACUCCCAGGAGCUUGGAGGGGAGUUUUAUUUUACCUGAAGCCAGACUGGGACAAGUUACUGACCACUGAGGUCUGGGUGGAUGCAGCAGCGCAAAUUUUCUUUUCACUGGGCCCUGGGUUUGGAGUUUUACUCGCUUUCGCUAGCUACAAUAAAUUUCACAACAACUGCUACCAGGAUGCAUUGGUGACAAGUACAGUUAACUGUAUGACCAGUUUUGUGUCCGGCUUCGUCAUUUUCACUGUCUUGGGCUAUAUGGCUGAAAUGAGAAACUUGGAUGUCUCAGAAGUUGCCAAAGAUACAGGACCCAGUCUUCUAUUCAUCACCUAUGCAGAGGCGAUAGCCAAUAUGCCAGCGUCCACCUUCUUCGCCAUUGUCUUUUUCUUAAUGCUAAUUACACUUGGACUGGACAGUACGUUUGCAGGACUGGAAGGCGUUAUUACCGCAGUACUGGAUGAGUUCCCACACGUAUGGGGCAAGAGACGGGAACUUUUUGUCUUCCUUUUAAUUUUAGUCUGCUUCCUCGGGGCACUAUCUACCCUGACAUUUGGUGGUGCUUACAUGGUAAAGUUAUUUGAGGAGUAUGCCACUGGCCCAGCGGUGCUCACUGUGGUAUUCCUGGAGGCCAUAGCAGUGUCCUGGUUCUAUGGUAUUAACCAUUUCUGUCGGGAUGUAAAGGAGAUGUUAGGUUUUAGUCCAGGCUGGUAUUGGAAGAUAUGUUGGGUAGCUAUAUGCCCACUGUUUCUUCUGUUUAUUAUAUGCAGCUUUAUGUCCAGUCCUCCAGAGCUACGUCUUUUUAACUAUACAUACCCAUCCUGGUCUGUUGUGCUUGGUUACUGCAUUGGCACAUCUUCAUUCAUCUGUGUUCCAGUAUACAUGGUAUAUCGGCUGGCUAGCACCCCUGGCUCAUUAAAAGAGCGUUUCAUCAAGAGUAUAACCCCAGAAACGGGAACAGAAAUACCACUGGGAAGUAUUCACAUGAAUGCUGUAUAAACCUGGAAACAAAAAACAUUGUCCUUUCCUGUUUGCAAACAACGCACCCUAUUCUGUGCCUAAGGAAAACUUUUUAAACCUCAGACUGUCAAUGGUUCAACUACUCACACUGCACUGGAUCAUGCCAGCGAGGCAGACUGGGCACAGGUUACAUCCUUAAUGUUGUAGCCUCAAUAUUAACAGGGUCCAAUUCACAGAAUAUUAAAUGUCCAUGACUGAAUGGCAGUAUGCAUGUGUCCUAUGAUGUUGAAAAUAUGUCAUUAUUCUCUGACAUGAGAGCAAAGGAAUCAUUAUAGCUUCUUUCUUUUAUUAGCUGCAGAUAUACUAGAACUCUAUGUAGCACCAGAGGCAGGAGCGCAAUAUCAGAAUCAGAGAAAGGUACACUGAAGUAAUAAAACCGAUGGCCAUCAACCAUACAGCUACAUAACACUAGUCAAAGUAAUACAGGAGCAAAUCUGUAAAGAAAAAAAAAAAAUAACCUAAGUGAGAUGGACUUACCAUUACUGGUGAACACGUAUGAAAGGUUUCUCUGGAAGAUCAAUGCUGCUAGCCAGAUGCUUUAGGGUCUAUUCACAUGGCAGAAUUUUCGCUUGCGGAAUUCCUCCUCAAAUUAAAGCCCAUAGACU